GGCGACUGCAGUGUGUGGAAAUGAGCAGAAUCUUCUCUCUGUCUGGAGAGUCUAUAUUGGGUUAUAAUCAGUGUGAUAUUACUGAGGAUCUUCUCACCAGAUGAUCUUAUAUGGUUUCUUCUGUGGUGCUUCCCGAUCAGGAUCCUGAAGAAAGAGUGUUUAGAGCCACAUGAAUCAGAUUAUAAAUAUAAAUAGAUAAAGUCAUCAGCGUGAACAACACGCCACACACACACGCAUGCACACACACCGACGAGCUGUUCCUCAACACACCCGGCGGUGGGCCGACAUGCCCCGCUACGAGACUCCUCCAGCCUCUGAGCUCCAGAGACUCCUGUGGGUCAAAGCUGGAACCAGCGGCCAUCUGGACGAGGUCAGGCCUGGAAUAUACAUCGGAGACAUGUAUGCAGCGAAGGACAAGCACUUGCUGCAGUCUCUGAACAUCACAUACGUCCUGAACGCAGCUCACGGGAAGUUCAGCGUCAACACAGGAGCCAGUUACUACAGAGACACUAAAAUCAGCUACCACGGCGUGGAGGCCUUUGACAUGCCCUCCUUUGACUUGAGCCCCUUCUUCUACUCCGCCGCCAAGUUCAUCAAGACUGCCAUGAGCACCCCUGGAGGUAAGGUGCUUGUGCACUGUGCGAUGGGUCUGAGUCGCUCCUCGUCGCUGGUUUUAGCGUAUCUGAUGAUUCAUGAAGGCAUGACACUGGUUGAAGCCAUUAAAGCCGUCGCACAACACAGGAAUAUCUGCCCAAACUCCGGCUUCAUGGAGCAGCUGAGAGAACUGGACAAAACACUGCACUGCCAGAGCGCUGCCUUCUAACAUGCUCACUAAUCACAAACACACUACAUUACAUACGGUAACAGAAUUAUUCACAUGAAAAUUCCCUGACAGAAAUGCAUGAUUCAGAAUCUGCCUUAUAUGUAUAUGAUGGAAUUACAUGAUUUGAUACAGGAUUUAAUUUCUCUCUUUUCUUU